UUUGAGUUCAAAAACUGAAGCGGCGCCUUCCGGAAGACACCGAGACGACCCUGCGCGAGUUAUUUGGGAUUUCACCUCGGAUCUGGACUGGAUUUUGCAUUUAACCACAAUGUCUUCGGCGAAAAAGCAGAUUUACUAUUCUGACAAGUAUUCCGACGAGGAAUACGAGUACAGACAUGUAAUGCUUCCCAAGCAGCUUUCCAAACUGGUGCCGGCCUCCCAUUUGAUGUCAGAGGAGGAGUGGAGAGGACUGGGAGUCCAGCAGAGUCAGGGCUGGAUCCAUUACAUGAUCCAUAAACCAGAACCUCACAUCCUGCUCUUCCGAAGACCGCUUCCCAAGGAAUGAGAUUUCAGGAUUGUCGUCGGAAGUUAUUAAUGAUCG